AUGGCUCGUACCAAAAUGACUGCAAGAAAAUGUGUUCAACAGAGAGGGGCAAAAAAAAAUAUAGCCAGCAAGGCAAGAAAGGGGGGAAAGCAUCCUCCAGGACAGCAUGUGGCUCAUGUGAAACCUCGACGUCGCUAUCGUCGAAAAGCUGGCACCACUGCUCUCCGUGAAAUCCGCCGUUAUCAGCGUGAUGUUGAGCUUCUUAUUCACAAGCUCCCAUUCCAGCGUCUUGUCCGUGAAAUUGCAGCAGAUAUAUAUGGUGAUCUUCGAUUUCAAGCAUCUGCAAUUCUGGCUUUGCAGGAGGCUGCAGAGGCGGUUUUGAUUGAUGAAUUCACAAUGACAAAUCUAUGCGCCAUCCAUGCCAAACGUGUUACCAUCCAGGAAAGGGAUAUGAAAUUGGUGCAGAGGUUGCGACAAAUCAUGACAGGCAGUCGCAUCCCAGGACGUGGAAAUGGUUAUUAG